AUGUCCCCUGCUUCUCAUUUCAGUAGGGGUAUCCACGGUCUCCCAGUGGAACUACUAGCUCACAUCGCUACAUUUACCGAUCCUUCUGAUUUAUGCAUGCUUCGGCUCACCUGCCGAGCAAUGUACCAGAGUAGCCUUCGCCACUUUGCAAAAACCUGUGUACACACAUUGAAGACCGAUCUUUCACCAACGUCACUUGCCCGAAUCGAGGAAGCAGCCAACGAUGAAGCUUUUCGUCCAUAUAUCCGCAAUUUACAGAUCGUCGGGAAUUCAAAAGCUUCAACGGAGGAAUUACCCCCUCGUACCACAAACGAAGUACAUAUUCAAGCGUGGUGCAAUGUACUGAAACGCCUGGUGAACUGCCAAUCUGUCGAGCUACACUAUUCAGCAUACACAACUACGUAUUCCGGCGGCGACGGCAUCACACUUGACGAGACCACUGGUCUUGUUCUCAAAGCCAUAGCCACUGAACAUAUUCCAAAGGAAUUUUUCUCGCUAGAGAUUAUGAAAUACCGAGACAGACACCUCAAAGAUAGUCUACCUCAGUUCCCUCUCACUACUCUUGACAUCCCGGCCUUCUCUCACCUCAAGGAACUGACCCUUGCGAUCCCGGAUGCCAACACCGAGACUAUUAAUUGGAUGGCGAAAAUGAUCCAAGGUGCCAAGUCUCUCAAAAAGCUAGCCAUCAUCUUUAACUGGGCAUGCAAAUCAACCUCACUUCUCUCUCAGAUUUCAUCGGUUGGUUGCUUGCCGGAACUACAAGAAGUGACGUUUUCGCGGAUGACAUUCGGAUCAUCUGCUGCUUUGGGGAUAUUCCUUUACAAUAUUCGAGACUCUGUUCGCUCUCUCACUUUUUCUACUGUGCAAGUGGAGAUUGGAGGCUGGCGAUCUAUUCUCCGCGAGUUGGGUGGAGGUAUGUACCAACUGGACAGUUUGACUCUGCAUCGUGUAAUGGAGAGUGAGGAGUUUCUGAGCUUUCGGCGGAUUCCGGAAUACGCACUGGCGGAACAAUCUCUAGAUAAGAGAUUAUAUCGUCCGUUCAGCCUUUGCUUGUUUGGUCGGGGGGAUGUGAGCUUCAGUUACUCAGGUCCCCGUUUCAACCAGGUUAUGCAGAAAGUAGUCGCCCUCGCAGAGCUAUCUUGA